AUGUUGAAUUCCGAAGCACCUGGUAAGAAUGUUCGAAGAAAAUCCAAUUCUCUAAGCAUAAAUACUGAAGUUAAAAAGGGAAACUUUGAAGAAGUUUUAAACUACGAGUUAAAUACUGGAGACGGUUUAGAUUUUAAUUUUUCUGAUGAACAUGUUAUGUUGCUGCGCCACCUUGCGAAUCUCCUGCAGAAAGCCAGAAUAAAAUUAAGAACUGUAGGCUUUAAUGCGAAGCAUGGUCGUAUAAAAUGCACCGUUACUGGAGAAUAUGAUAAAGAUGGAAGCCAUAUGAGUUUCUCAAAAGUUGAUUGCCCUUUAAGAACGGAUGAAAGUUUUCGUAGGGCUCUAGAUGAAGGUCAUCACAAAGAAGAAUCCAUUAAUAAAACUGCCAAUAGAUAUGGUUGA